UGCUAGAGCCUCCUCGGCUCUCUUCGUUCAGUGGAAUACAAAAAAAAGGUCCGAUAUAUUUUUUAAAGAAACCAUUACCAAUCCUUCCACGGCUAAAACUCACAAAUUUAAAUAAGUGAACUUGUAAAAUAUAUUGAAUUGUGUAACACACGCGCAACAAAACGUGCGCCACCACCCCGACCUCAAAAUUAUUCCCGUUCUCACCCCCUUAUCUGUACCAUUAACGUUGAAAUAAUCUCGUUGGACUGAAUCAUCCACCUCUCAUGGUGCUAGUAACGGAAUGAUGAAGCUAAGACAAUGUGCAACGUACAAAUGGGGCUCAUGAGGCUUGAUUCAGGCCUCCCCCCCACUGCGCUAGGUUUUAGAGGAUGCACAAGCUAGCCAAGGGUCUCAAGAAGAAGAAAAAGUCGAAGAAGGGAAAGAAGGGAGCUGAGGAGGACGAGUUUGAUCCAGAGGAGCUUGAGCGUUAUCGGCGCGAACGGGCAGAGGCCCUUGAGAAAGCAGCACAAGAGUCAACUGGUGAACAGGGAGGUGCAGCUGGCUCUGACGAGUGGAAGAAAUUCCAGGCACUGACAGCUGGUGUCGAUGAUAUCUUGAAAAAGACCCAAGGUGACCUAGAUCGGAUAAAAUCCACCUCAUUUUUCCAGCGCGUAGCUCCUCCUGUUGAGGAGAAGAAGCCCGAGGAGGACCCCGAAGUCAAGAAGGCUCGAGAGAGACGAUACCUUGGUUUCGACAAAGACGGAAAUCCGAUCGAACAGGACGAGGUUGACGAGGGCAAGAAGAAGAAAGAGUUGACUGUCACAGAAGAGGGCUUUGUCGAGGUACCUGAGGACGAAGAUGAACAGGAGGAUUCCGAGGAGGAAGACAUCUUCGACACAACAUACAUCGACGUCCUCCAGAACAUCGACGUUCAACUAGCUUACAUCCCUGAAUCGCCCACUGAGGAAGAGGCUGGUGACGAUCCCUUCGACACGACAAACGCUGACAAAGUCCUUAAGACUGUUGACAAACGUGGAAAGAAGGUAGUGAGUCUCGGAAACGCGGUUGAAGUUCUUUCCGGACGCGUUGACCACGUGAGUACGUGUAAGAUAUCAAGACCGAGAAGAAUUAAAGCACAGGAUCUUCUGUUGGGGGAUGAGGACGACUUCGAUGCUCUCGAUGUAACACCAGAGCCGGUUGAGGUUGAGAAGUCACUGCUUGACGACGACACUGAUCUUCCUGAUGUACCCAUUGAUCUGACUAAUCUACCACCUGUUACUAAUCUACCACGUCCACAAGAAGUUAAUGCUGAAGCCGAGAGGCUUGCAGAGGCUCCCCUAGACAUCUCCGAGUUCGAGGUGUUGAAGGAGAAGACAAUUCUCGAGGAAAUUCCAGAUUUGGACGACGAUUUCGAUCUCAACGGACCGAGUGACGAGCCCGUGCAACUAGAAGAGGCAGAUGAUCCAUUCGCCGAGAAGGAACCCGAACACAUUGUACCUGAGACUGAGAUAAUCGAAGUCAGCUUCGAAGCGGCGACAUUCGUCGACGAGGACGAUCCAUUCGACACUGGUUUCGCUGAGAACUUGAUACCUGGUAAAGCUGAGUUGAAGUUUAUUGAGAAGGAGCUCGAGGAAUUACCGGAGAGCGAGGUCUCCAUUUCAUUGACUGAUCCUGCCGGCCUCAAGAGGGAUUAUGAGACGGGUCUUCUAGCGAGUCAGCAGAACACUACUUCAUUUUCUGCAAAGAAGGAUCUUCUUGGGGGUUCGACAACUGACCUCAGUCAGCUUGUGGAUGAACCCAUCGCACCAGUCGAGGACAUCACAUAUACAGAUCCAUUCGACACAUCUGGCAUUCAAGAGCUUCCACCGGGACAGGCCGAGCUCAAAUUCCUGGAGAAAGAACUCCUCGGCGACACCAGUCAGCCAGUUGACACUCUACACGACGACGACUUCGAUCCACGUGAGGGAGAGACACCAGCACCAGCAGAAUCCGCAAAAUUCCAGGUUCAGUUUGAGGCAGAGGAGGAAGACACAGCUGUGCCCCCUCUGGGUAGGAAGCCCUCUCGCCCGGAGGCUCUGGGUCUCGCGACAACUAAAGCCGUUGCUUUUGAACUCCCAACACCCUCUCAACGUCCAGAUCUAUUAAUAACCGGAGACGAGGAGAAAUCGAUAACUUCGAAGCCAUUAACACCGUACUACUCCCAAAAGUCUCUGGAAGACGCACUUCCCGAGGACGAGGACUUGGAGGAGACGAAUGUCGAUCCCUUCGACACGAGUUUCGUGUCGAAAGUGACUCCCGGCAAGACUGAGCUGAAACUCAUUGAAUCAGAACUUCUGAAGGAAGAGCCAAAGUUGACUCACAGUAUCAGCGAGCACGACUUUAAUCCCAGAACAGAACCGGAAUUAGGCAGACGUCAGAGUGACUUUGGACCGACGUCACUGCGUCCCAAAAACUUGAAACUAGGUGAAGGUGAUCUUCCACUCAUUGAGGACAGCGAGGAGCCUAAGGACGCGUUUGAGGUAAACGAGGCAGUUCACAAGCGAAAGAAAUUCGAGUCAAAGCGACAAGAGAGUCUUUUGGAUGCUGAGGUGGCAGUUGAUGCGAAACCCCUCACCCCGAGGAUAGAAGCCAAAGUCAUCGAGGAGGAGGAGGAAAUCUCGUACGUCGAUCCCUUCGAUACGUCGAUAGCCAGUAAUAUUUUACCGGGUAAAGCCGAGCUGAAACUGCUCGAGAGUGAAUUGAGCCAGGUGUCAGCCCAUCCUAUCCCCGUGAGGAUCAAUAAGAUUGACCUCAACAAGGUAUCAGCCCCACCUGCCCCCGUUCUAGACGACGAGGACGACUUCGAUCCACGAGCUGGUGAAGUCAAAGAGGCGCCAGAUUUUCUGUCCAUCGAGGAUCAGAACUCGGGGGAUAAAGUUCUCACUCCACAGCAGAAUUCUGAAUUGGACGAGGACAUAGACCCCUUCGACACGAGUUUCGCAGCCAUCGGGCCUGGUAAAACCGAGCUCAAACUCCUCGAAUUCAGCAUGGAUUCUAAGGGGGGUAAUCCUUUCUUGAUGGACGACUACCCAGCGGAGCAGGCUCCCCAGCAGUCGAAUCCAUUCCUCCAAGAUUUCGCCGAGCCAGCGCCAUCAGCCGGGGAAAAUCCGUUCCUGAACUUCUCAGCUGAACCGGCUUAUCAGCCACCGACAGAUUCAACAAAUCCUUUCGCAUUUUUCGAGCCGACUCAAGAUGCUCAACAGCCGUAUCUUCCACCCACUUCUGAGCCGGAGGCGUUUGCGCCCGACCAGCCAGAUUUAUUCGGCGUUGAGGAGAAGCCAACGAGUCUCUUCGGCACCGAAGAGCCGGAAGUCUUCCCAGCGGAGCCGGUGGCCUUCAGUCCGCCCCAAGAGCCCGUGGCCUUCAGUCCUCCACAGGAGAAGACCUCGCCACCGAAACCUGCUCCUGCAAGACCUCCACCACCUCCGAGACCCGGACCACCCCCAGCGCCCCCCAGGAACACCAAAGACUUGAUCUUAUCUGUAACUGGUGCCAUGGACGCGACUUCAAAUCACCUGCUAGACCGUUUACAAUACACGCGGACUCCCAGUCCAACUCUGAUGCAUUCCCCGUCGCCGACGCCCGAACACAGCGUGGCAGACCUCCUCGAUGUUGACUCCAACAUACCAGACUUGCCAGCUGACACCACUCACCCAGAGACAUCGCAAUCGCAGAACAUUCUGGACCUGUUUGACGCACCCCAACCUGCGGAGACAGGUGCUUCGAUGUUCUCCGCACCCGUCACGACUAUGGACACAGUGACCCACUCUGUAUCUAGUACCGACACGAUAUUCUCGACGAGUGUCACGGAUACCUUCAACCAAGGUCAAGAGAAUCCAUUUGGUGUCGUAGAACCGAUCGCUGACGCCACUACCCCGGAGGAGGCGUCAGUCGUUGAAGCGAAGAGGCCUUCGAUAGACGUCACAACUCCAACGACAACUCCAGGCUUCGACUUCGCGCCUGACACACCAGAAACAGCUCCAGAUGCCGUCGCUGCUUCAGCGGACUCAGACUUCUUCACGACGGAGGAGCCGACAGCAGUGUCGUCCUCUCCGUUCUCAAGCACACCAGCUGGAAUAUUCGGGGGAGAGCCUCUCUUCACGACAGCCAGCAGCACUGAGAGUGCGCAAGCACCAGUCGUCGAUCCUCAGACGAAUGUAUUCGCGUCAGAUUACCUCGGGGACUUUUCAAAACCCAGUGAUGACGUUGGGGAAUUGGUUUCGACAAGCCCAAUACCAGCUUCGGAGUUUCCGAAUUACCCGGGGGAGGAACAGCUUGACAAUUUCGCGGCUACUACUAGAGCGAUUGAGAGUACGGGCGACGCCUUCGACGCCUUCGCCAGCAAGUUCGACAGAGCAGCUGAACCUGAGGCAACAAGUGGCGAUCCAUUCUUCGAUGCGUUUGGAGGAAGCGGUGGGCAGACAGCUAUGGACACCUCUAGUGACGUCUGGGGAGAUUCGUCCGCGGCAGGAUCAGAAAGCGCGGUAACAGGCUUCGGCGAGUCCGACGGUUUCGAUUCCUUCCUGAGUAUGACAGCCCCUCCCCAAGAGCCGAAAGCGCUCAAAAGAACAGACUCCGGCGACUCCGAUGAGGCGCCCGACUUCAGUGUCUUCAUAAAGCCGAAAGAGGGAGGUGAUCUGGGCAUAAGCCACGAAGGAGGCCCAGUUCCGGUGCUGGCACCCCCUCCGAAGAGCCCCAUAAACUCCGCCUACAACGACUCAUCUCCCAGAUUCAAUCCCUUCGAUAAAUCUGGCUUCGCGCAAGAAGCGGUUAUCCCAACGGAAAUGCCCCAGCCAGCGGAAAUGACACGAACAGACUCCCAGGAAACCCCGCCGACCCCCCUCUUCGAUGAGGACGUCAGUCAACCCCUGGAGGACUUCCCAAGGGUGACCUACACUGGCGACGGCUGGGAGUUCCAACUCAGACAGCCCAACAAGAAGAAGAUCACGGGCCAGCGAUUCUGGAAGAAAGUUUUCGUCCGCCUGGUAUACCAGGGCGACAGCCCCACCCUCCAGCUUUUCAACAACAAAGACGACAAAGACCCAUUCACAGAACUGCCUCUAUUGACUUGCUAUUCAGUAUCGGAAAUAGCUGCUCAACAAUUCGAUCAAUACGGCAAGAUAUUCACCGUUAAGCUGCAGUAUAUUUUCUACAAGGAACGCCCCGGUGUGCGACCUGGACAAGUGACAAAGGCAGAGAGACUGACAAACAAACUCAGUCAAUUUGCUGCUUACGCUAUUCAGGGUGACUACCAGGGCGUGAAGGAGUUCGGCAGUGAUUUGAAAAAGUUGGGGCUUCCGGUUGAGCAUGCACCGCAGAUAAGCCAGCUGUUUAAACUUGGCUCGCAGAAUUAUGAGGAUAUGAAGACAUUCUCCAGUGCUAUUGAGGAGGCACUCUUCAGGCUAGCUGCGCACAGAGAUCGAGCGCUUACUUAUAAGAUGGAGGAGGUGCAGAUUAAUGUUGUUGAUGAGGUUUAUGUGGAGCAGAAUGCCGAGGGACAUGUGGAGAAGCAGAUCGCUAGGGUUCGACUGUUCUUCUUGGGCUUUUUAACAGGUAUGCCUGACGUCGAACUCGGCAUCAACGACAUGUGGCGGCAAGGGAAGGAAGUCGUUGGCAGGCACGACAUCAUCCCCGUGGUGACUGAGGAGUGGAUUCGUCUCGAAAACAUCGAGUUCCACUCGUGUGUACAGCAGGACGAGUACGAGAAGUCGAGAAUCAUAAAGUUCAAGCCGCCUGAUGCAUGUUACAUUGAGUUAAUGAGAUUCCGAGUGAGACCGCCGAAAAAUCGGGAACUGCCGUUGCAAUUGAAGGCUGUCAUGUGCGUCACCGGUAACAAGGUGGAGCUCAGAGCUGACAUCUUGGUUCCGGGCUUUGCCUCCCGAAAACUGGGUCAAAUUCCCUGCGAAGACGUGAUGGUUCGCUUUCCAAUUCCCGAAUGUUGGAUUUACUUAUUCAGGGUUGAAAAACACUUCCGAUAUGGCUCCGUGAAAUCCGCCCACAGGAGAACCGGAAAGAUCAAGGGAAUCGAGAGAUUCUUGGGGGCUGUGGACACAAUGGAGCCCCAACUUAUGGAGGUGACGUCGGGACAAGCGAAAUAUGAGCAUCAGCAUCGUGCUAUCGUCUGGAGAAUGCCAAGAUUACCCAAGGAAGGCCAGGGGGCUUACACGACACAUCAACUCGUCUGUCGUAUGGCUUUAACGUCUUACGAUCAGAUACCAGACAAUUUGGCUGAGUAUUGUUACGUGGAAUUUACGAUGCCAGCCACUCAGGUCUCCCAUACGACUGCACGUAGUGUCAGUCUUCAGAAUAGUGACUCUGACAAUCCGCCGGAGAAAUACGUGAGGAAUUUAUCGCGUCAUGAGUACAGGGUUGGUAUCGAGCACACUCAGGGUGAGGGUCCAGGUGCCUACAUAGCCGCAACAAAGAAAAUACCAGAAGCAACACCAGAGGUUCACGAGGAAACCCAUGAACCUCCACCACCAGCGGAAUCGGACUCGGACUCCUCAGAGUAGAUUUGCAAAUAAGUAGAAUCAACAGCAGAUAUAACCAGAUAAUUAAUCCAAGCCGAUAUAACGAUUAAAUUUAUGCGUAGGGUUUUUUCAGACAGAAGGAAGUGAAUGAUUUCACGAUGGAAUUUAAAUUGUAACGAACAGCAGGAAUCGUAAGAUGAUAUAUAUCUAAUAAAGAACACAUAGUUUUGUGGGUAGACGAAGUGGAGGGGCUUAUCGAGACGCAGUUGAGGAGGAUUAAUUGUUAACGAAGGACAAUACACAGCUUUGUAUUUGGUUUAGCUUCGAGUAAAUUAUUUUGCUGACGUGUCUCAAUUGAGGGAAAUAUUUCUAUGGAUUAAAGCUCAUGCUAUUGAUUGAUUAGCUAUACAUAUGGGCUUGAUAAAAUUCAGCCUGUUAAUGGAACGAUAUUACUGGAAAAUGUGGAUUUACUUUUGACGUAGAAUUGCUAAGGUAAAAUCGUGCAUAUCCUUAUUGUUUGGGCCCUGCAGAUGAUCUAUCGCAAUGUUAUCUAGUCAUUUUAGGUGACAGAUUAUAUAUUGUUGCAUUAUAUACGUCGUAGUUUAAAAAAAUAUACAGAAGAAUAUUAUAAAGAUUGGUUUAAGGAUAAUUAUGGACGAGUGUUGGUGAAAACGAGUCAUUUAAUUUAUCUAGAAUAACUAAUAUGUAACAAACGAGUGCGCAAUUCUAGGAGCGUAAGUUUCAUUUUCAUGUUUUUGUUUUUAUUUGACAAGAAAUUGUCACGUUCUGAGAUUCUGAAGAGAACCCCAGCUAAGACCAAAGAUGUGAAUUAGUAAAAUCUGCAUUUUAAUGAAUGCAAAUUUUGAAUAAUUAAGAUAGGUUUAAUUGAUAAGCACGAGUCGCGUAUUGCGUCCAUAUAUCUGUUAUAUAAAGUAUACGCUCGCGUCUCAAAAAGUAUUAGAGUAAUCUCGAAUAAUAUAAUAUGUGAAAUCUAGGUUUAAUGAACAAAAUAUCUAUUAAGUUUCAGUUGUUUUUAUUUUUUUUCAUCGUUUUAACGUCCUGAAAAUGGACCUGGGAGUGCACUACUCUAGUCAUUAGUUCAUAAGGAAGAUAUAUUAAUUAACUGAUAUUGAAGUAGACGUAAGAUUAAUCUGAAUGCGGAACAAACUGAUGAAUUGAUGCAUUUUAUCUUGCUUUAACCCUUCGAUUAAAACUUCUCAAGCAUUCCAACUAGUCAAAAAAUAACGAAAUAUACUGAUGAUGUAAAAGUGUCAGCUGUUGACUCUACGAAUUGAUAAAAAUAUCCCUCAGAAUAAUAAAUUUUCAUUUAAAUUUAUCAAUUAUGAAUGAAAAUAUAAAGGUUUUUCGAAACUUGUUGCCAAUUGGCGACGUUUCCAGCUCGUGAUCUCAAUAUGUAAUCGCACGUGAGAACAAGAACGGCGUUGUAUAGUUAAGCUAAAAGAAAUACUCAAACUAUAAUGCAUGUAUAGACUUAGACGUAUGUAAAAUGAUAAAGCCAUGAGAACAAUGAAGAAAUUAUUUCCAGAGGCAAUUCGAUCGGGCAAUUUAUUUCUAGCCCCCAGAUAAACCGAGUCAAUUUGCCAAAAAAAGAGACGUGUUCGUUGAAUGUCUUCUCACUUUAUUUUAAUCCCAAAGUAAACGUUGGAUACCACGUGUACUACAUUCUGACGGUUUCAAUUUUCCGAGAGUCCAGCCGUGACUAAUUUGCAAAAAAGAAAAACCAUAAGAAUUUAAUGAUAAAAAUUAGUCUAAUGAAGGAUGAAGUGGAGAAAAUAUUGUUGUUAAUUAUAAUCCACGUUGUACAUCGAUAUCACGCAAUAACACACUCCAGACGAUUUAUUUUCAUUCAGCUUGGAGAAAAAAUAACUGAACAGAUGAUAAAAAACCUCAUAGACCUAUAAACUAAGGAUAUACUAAUGAUUAACGGCGGGUGUUGAAAUCGCUGCUGAAACCAAUGGUGGGGAGCCCGAAAAAGCGUUACCAAAUCGCGUAGCUUUUCCUCGAAUGUAUGUGUUAUUAAACUGAACAAAAAACCAUACCCUCACGCACGAAAAAAAUUAAUAGAAGAACCUAGUAAAUUCGAUAAAAAAAUUCGAUUGGAUUUGUAGUAAAUUUCGGUGGCAAAUUCUACUGAUUUUUUUGCAGUUUCCCGUGAAGAAUUCCGCAGCUUAAAAUAGGAAAUAUCUGGUGAACACUAUUUCAUUAAAAAAUCAGUAGAAUUUAAUUUUUCUAUAAAACGUUCUCUAUAGGAAUUCCUCGAUAUGAAUUUUGUGAGGUUUUCUACUCUAUUUUUCGUCUCUUCUCAUUAGAGAAAUCUAAGGAAAAAAACCCAGAGAAUUUUAGCUGAGAAAUUUCUGUAGAAAGCAUCUCAAUAGAACAAUUAGUAUAGAAAAGUCGAAUUCUAUGGAUUUUUGUCUAUAAAAUAUUUUACACUGAAUAUUUCAGAUGUAAAAUUUCCCAUUUUUUGUGGAAUUUGCCAAUAGAAUCGGACAAAAACUAAUGAAAAAUUCAAUAGAAAUCCAAUCGAAUUUUCCAGCGAAUUCAUAAUAUUUCUCUAUGAAACAUUUUCGUACGUGCUACGAAAAUACUACCCACUCCUAUUGUAAAUGACGAAAACUGUGUUGUCAUUGUUAUAGAAGUAGACAAAUGGUGCAAUAAAAUUCAUAUUUCCGUUAAAUUACCCAUUACCAAUCAAACUCCAACAAUGAAAGAUAACCACGUUUCCAAAGAAUAAAAAAAGUAAUGAAAAAUCAAUGAAAUACCGUAGCAUGUACAUGAUUAUGUAUAUCAACUAUACAUACCACAAAUUGUGAGAACGGGAGUACACGCCUCAUGUAUGAUACCUAUUUGUCCUUAAUCUGUGCUGGGCAAAUGAGAGAGAGGAGAACGAAGUAGUAGAGUGAGAGUGCAAGAGCGACAGAACGAGUGUAACCUAUUAUUUUAAUUUUAAAAUGAUGAAAAACGGAACAUAUAUAUGUAUCUAUGAAUAACAUGAGAAUUGUUUAAGCAAUUAAA